AUGUUUGAUAUCUUUUUCAAGUUCCUCAGUUCUCUCGCAAAUACUGCCCUCCCAGUCCUAGGCUCUUUCCGUGCACUCAAGCAAAAUGAUGUCUCACUUAUCCGCUCAUGGCUCAUGUACUGGGUCGUCGUUUCCAUCCAGCUGACCAUUGAGUCCUAUUUAGGGAUCUUCUUUUUCUUUGUCCCCUUUUUCCAAUUCUUCCGCUUCCUCUUCACCCUUUGGAUGGUCCUCCCCCAGACUCAAGGUGCAACACAGAUCUACAUGAGCUACAUUGCACCCUUUCUCACAGAACACGAGAGUGAAAUUGAUAAAACCAUUGCCAAAAUUCACUACAAACUUUACUCCCUUUCCACAGAGUAUCUUGCAAAACUCCUCUUCUAUGCAAAGGAGUAUGCCUUGCACAUUGCAACAGGAUCUAAAGUCCGCGACUUCCCUGCCAUUGAGCAACAAACCCCCCAGCAGUUCUUUCAGCAACAAGCUCUACCACAAUCACAGCUUAAAAAUAACUACAACGAUAAUACCCAAACCAGCAACAACAAUAACAACAACAACACUGCCGCUGGGCUAACUAGUAGUAGUGCAACCUCCAAACUCUCUUCUUUCUUCUCUUCAUCAUCAAAUCAACCUGAUCUGGAUACUAGCGCAGGCGCAAUCUUUUCCAAGAUCUUCAAGUCUUCCUAUUCUUCUUCUUCUUCUUCUCAACAAAGCCCUUUGAGUGGACGUCAAGCCCCUCAGCAAGAUUUCCAACCAGCAUACCUUGAUGCCUUCUUUUCCAAGUUUAAAAGCCCACCCUCUUUGGUUAUGGAUCAACCCCAGACUUCAUCGUCAUCUCAUCCUGCACCUGCUGCAUCACAAUCUUCUUUCCCCUCUUCUCAAGCUCCUACAACUUCUAGCAGACCUGGAUCCCGAGACUCAAAUGUCCCACCUUUAGAUGCCCAGUCUUUUGCUGCAUACCCUGCCUCUUCAUAUACUUUUUGGAACUCUAUCCUGGAACCCAUUGCUCGUUCUGGUGCAGCGGCCAUCCAAACUGGUCUACAUUUGCCCAAAGUUACACCGGAAGCAUACAAUGCCCAGCUAAACGCAUUCCCCUCCCAUGCUUCAAAUUCCGAAUUUGAUGCAGUUUCGUCAGGUGCAUCAGUUUACUCGGCAUCAACCACCCUCAAGCCGCGCGCAGCAGGUGUCUCUCUACCACCCUCGGUCUCUACAUCCUCGCUGCUUUCCACUGCGUCGUCAAUUUCCUCCAGUUCUUCUUCUAAAAUAAAUGCCGGGUUUGACGGAGGUCUUGCGCCACCUGCAGGUACCGCCGCAUUUAACCGCCAGCAUAACCGGGACUCCACUUCUUCGCUUUCUGCAAGCGAUAUGGACUUUGAUUUUGUGCGUUAUAGUGAAUACGAUGAUACCCAUGUCCCCCGCGGUAAUGCCACCGGCUCUGGUUCAGGUUCAGGUUCAGGCUCCCGCUCUGGCUCUCGCUCUGGCUCCCGCUCUGGCUCCCGCUUUGGCUCCGGCACCAAUAGUGUUGCUGAUCCCGUGAGCCUUGGUCAGCACGAUAAUAGUGAUGCCACAUCGUCGCUUCUUAGAGGCCCUCCACCUCCACCUUACUCGGAAACCUCGUCCGAUCCAAACGCGCCCUUGUUGCCUCCAUCUCCUGCACGUCGAUCCUCGAGCUGGUUUGGAUGGAGACGCAGUAGCAGUUCUUCUGGAUCUAGCAUUAAGCAAGAGUGA